AUGGGUAGAGCAAAGAUAGAGAUAAAGUAUAUAGAAAACUCAGCUUAUAGACAAGCAAGUUACUCAAAGAGAAGGUCAGGGAUUACGAAGAAAGCUACUGAACUAACCGUUCUUUGUGAUGCUCAAGUUUGUGUCGUCAUGUUCUCUAGUACUGGAAAACUUCAUGAAUAUGUUAGUCCUUCUACUACGUUGAAGGAGUUUUUUGAUAGGUAUCAAAGGGAGACUCGUGUAGAUCUAUGGGCAGCUGAACAAGAGGCGUUGCAAGAAGAAUUGAGAGCACAGCAGGAGAUUGGCAGGAGACUUAAGAAAGAGAUUAGCCAGAGGACUGGGCAAGACGACUUGAGUGAAUUAAGCAUUGAAGAACUGCGUGGACUAGAGGAAAAUUUGGAUGAGUCUUUGAAAAUCAUUCGCAAAAGGAAGGAUCAUGUUCUGACCAGUCGGACCAAUAUCUUCACCAGAAAAAUUAGAAACUUAGAGGAAGCGCGCAAACGUCUCCUACGCUCAGUAUAUGCUAAAAAAGAGGAGCCCUACUAUCCAGUUCCUGCUGAUAAUGAAGGAGACCAUUAUCCUGAAUAUGUCCAAAAACAGGAGCAAGAGUUCUUCAGUGUAGUUCCUGCCAACAAUGAACGAGAUCAGCAAUCUAAAUAUGGAUCUGCCUCAUUAUCAGUGGGAAGAGAUUUCAUCAAUGACCGUGCUGGUGAUUUUGAGAGUUCGGAAAUCGCAUUCCACCAGCUACAACCAAGCCACACCAAUCUUAAUGAUGAAGCAGGAGGAGUAUGUCAAUCCUCCUAUAUGAGUAUGAUCCUUCUGUAG